AUGAAUAAUUCUGAUCGGUUUUCAUAUUCAAGGAAAUCUUACUCCAGAGCACUACUUACAAGAGAAGGUAUAGUAGUUAAGAAUCAAGGUCCGGUUACAGAUGCUUAUGAUCAAAUAGGAAAUCCAAAUGGCUCAUCAGUAUCAUUUUUUAGUGGAUGUUUUACAUGUUUAACUACAGAUUAUGAAUCUGAUCCUUCAAAAGUUGGAUUAUUACCAAAUAAUACAUUGAUUCCGUUUAGAAGAAUACUUAAUGCAAAAUCAAUAGAUUCAUUGGCCUUGUCACGUGACGGAGAGUAUGGUCGUCGUACACAAAGUACUGUAGGACCUAGCGAUCCUAAUGCUGUUUUACAAAAUAACAUUAAUAAUCAAAUAGAUAAGAAAAAUAUAGAUAAUGAUAAUGAUGAUGAUGACGACGAUGAACUUCAUGAUUCUACGGAUUCUUUAAUUGAAUUGACGUUUGUUGUGCCCCAUGGUAAUGAUAUUGUACCAAGGAAAUUGUAUUUAUCUAUUGAACAUGUUCCGACUGUUGGAGGAGGAAAUUCCGGAUCGAAUACGAAUCAAUUGGUUGGUAAUAGUGGCAGUGGUAGUACUACUAGUGUGAUCUCUCAAGAAAAUAGUGAAGAUAUAGUUGAAUUGAUUUUACAACGUAGUUUUGAAGGUAUUAAGAGACAUAAAUCAAUUCUUGUAGUAAUUAACCCAUAUGGUGGGAAAGGAAAAGCUCGUACUUUAUAUGAAUCUAAGUGUCAUCCAAUAUUAGCCUCUACAGAAUGUAAGAUUGAUAUUGCUUAUACAAAAUACGCAUGCCAUGCAAUGGAUAUUGCAAAAGAAAUCGAUUUAGAAAAAUACGAUACAAUUGCUUGUGCUUCAGGGGAUGGGAUUCCAUAUGAAAUUAUUAAUGGGUUAUAUCAGCGGCCGGACCGCGUUGCUGCAUUUAAUAAACUCACUGUGACUCAAUUACCUUGUGGUUCAGGAAAUGCAAUGAGUAUAUCAUGUCAUUGGACUAACAACCCAUCAUAUGCAGCAUUAUGUCUUGUGAAAUCUACCGAGGCACGUAUUGAUAUGAUGUGUUGUUCGCAAGAAUCUUAUGUAAAUGAAUUCCCAAGAUUAUCAUUCUUAAGUCAAACUUAUGGUGUUAUUGCUGAAUCUGAUAUAAAUACUGAAUUUAUUAGAUGGAUGGGACCUUCAAGGUUUGAAUUAGGUGUAGCUGUCACAGUUUUACAAGGUCGUAAAUAUCCUUGUGAUCUUUAUGUGAAAUACGCAGUUAAAGAUAAAAAAGAUAUUCAUAUUCAUUAUAUUGAACAAAAAAAUAAGACUACUUUAUUAUUUGAUAGAGAAACAACAACACCAGAAGAAUGUAAAGCACAAUUAGCAUCAGAUAAUGAUCUAACAGAGGCUGAUUUUAAAUUAAAAUAUAGUUUAAAUGAUGAUAUUCCACAAGAUUGGGAAAGACUGAAUCCAGAUAUUGCAAACAACUUACAAAUUUUUUAUACAGGGAAAAUGCCUUAUAUGGCUGCAGAUACAAAAUUCUUUCCAGCCGCUUUACCAUCAGAUGGAAGUUUUGAUAUGGUCAUUACAGAUUCAAGAACACCUUUGACAAAAAUAACACCUAUUCUACUAUCUCUGGAUAAAGGGACACAUAUAUUAGAACCUGAAGUGAUUCAUGCAAAAGUCCUAGCAUAUAGAUUAGUACCAAAAGUUCAAAAAGGUUUAUUCUCUGUCGAUGGUGAAAAAUUCCCAUUGGAGACAUUACAAGUUGAAAUUUUACCACGUUUGGUAAAGACUUUAUUAGUCAAUGGGUCAUACAUCGAUAGUGAGUUUGAUACUAUGAUCUAA